AUUUAGUAGUAUAAUAGCAUGCACUAGGUUUCAAAUAAUAGUUUUUUAUUUAUUUAUCUAAUAGGUGUUCUCAAAGGAAAUGCAUAUUCUUGGGACUACAUUCAUUUUUAUUCUAGCCCUCAAUGUCUGUCUAGGUUUCUACCUUCAGACGUCGGAGGUACAGGCGUACAUUGGAGAAAGUGUGAUAUUGGCCUGCAAUGGUUCAGGAUUCCCUGAUGAAGAGCUGCAAGUUUACUGGGAGGCGAUGGGCAAAGACGUGAUCUCUCUGCAAGGAGACGUCGUCACGGUCGGGAGAGGGUUUGAAGACCGUGUGAACUUCCUCAGCGAUCCUACGGAGUCUAUGGACUUUUCCCUCAUUCUGUCAGAUUUGAUGCUGAACGAUGGGGAGAUAUAUGAAUGUCUGUGGGAGGGAACAAAACCCAUUUCUUCUGUGUUGCUACACGUGUCGACACCAGAGUUUUUCACCGAUUAUGUUGACGCGUUUGAGGGUGACGAUGUCACUUUGGAGUGUUUUGGAAAUAUUCCUAAAAAUAAACCAUGGGAAGACAUUUACAUCCAGUGGCUGAAGGAUGACAGAGAAAUCCUGCGCUUGAGCUCUGGAAAGGUGGAAGUCAGUAUUGAUUACAGCAUCCUGAAGUUACCGGCCAAACACGACAUCAGUCGCGGUAUCUUCUCUCUGAGCAUCACGUCAGUGAGUAUUUUCGACCAGGGCGUUUAUCAGUGCCGUUACAAGGGCAUCGAUUUCGAGGCGCCGCGGAGUGGAUUCCCGGAGACCUACAUGCUCACUGUUUGGGUGAAAGAUACAUCAAACACAGAGACAGGCACCGAUUCUGCUGUGUUUUCCGAGGUGCGGAGCAGCACGGCGUCUCUCUCCAGCUCCAGUGCUCUCUCUCAUACUGACACGAGCAGUAGUGUGCCAGUUUGGACGUCUGUUUCGAGCGCUCAGACUGAAAGCGUCAGCUCAGUGCCAGCACACACAUACUCAUAUGCUGGCAGCUCUCAGACUCAAAGCAGCAGCUCUGUGCCAACACUGACAUAUGCUGAGAGAGCCGAAGUGACAACAGAUACAUCAGUCACAGAGACAGGCCCUGAUUUUGCUCUGUUUCUAAUGACAAAACAUUCAUCAGUCACAAAGACCAAUUCUGUGACGGCGGAUCCAUCGGUCACAGACACAGACGCUGAUUCUGCUCUAUUUCUAUUGGCGACAGACACAUCAGUUACAGAGACACACACUGAUUCUGAUCCAUCAGUCACAGAGACAGGUGCCGAUUCUGCUCUAUUUCUAGUGGCGACAGAUACAUCGGUUACAGAGACACACACUGAUUCUGAUCCAUCAGUCACAGAGACAGGUGCCGAUUCUGCUCUAUUUCUAGUGGCGACAGAUUCAUCAGUCACAGAGACGCACACUGAUUCUGCUCUAUUUCUAGCAGCGGAUCCAUCAGUCACAGAGACAACCACUGAUUCUGCUCUAUUUCUAGUGGCGACAGAUACAUCAGUCACAGAGACCAAUUCUGUGACAACAGAUACAUCAGUCACAGAGACAGCCACUGAUUCUGGUAAGAACUGA